AUGAUCGCAGGGAGCCGGUUUGUGUCUGUGGUGGCGGCCUCUUCAUUGCAAAUCCCCUGUAACUUCAGCACUAAAUCAAAAGCUAACAUCAACAACGCAGGACCGAUCUAUGGUGUGUGGAUCAAAACUGACGCUAAUUUUGGUGCCUCUCCAAACAAUGUGAUCUACAACAGUAGCUUGGCUGUUAAUACCUAUCCAAUGAAUAUUACUGGAAACCUGAAUCAGAUGAACUGCACCACUCUAUUUUCCAAUUUAACCACAAGUUACACAGAUGUGUACUACUUCAGGAUGGAGAACAGUUCAUACAGGGCAACAGCUUCUUGUGAUCCUCUUCAAAUAAAUGUUAGAGAUUCUCUGACCCCCACAAUAGAGAUCUCAGGUGCUACAAAGGAGGCGGAGUCUGUCAAUGUGACCUGCUCAGCUUCCAAUCCCUGUCCACACUUCCCUCCUAACCUCUCCUGGAGUCUCCAAAGGGACUCUCGUGCCAUAACACAGGAAAACACAGAUGGAACCUUGACAACUACACUCCAGGAGACCAUCACUCUGUCAGACACACACGAUAGAAACAACAUCACCUGUACUGCCACAUAUCCUGUGAAUGGAGGCCAAGGUGUAAAGACAGUGGAGACUGCAGUGACUCUCAACGUGUCCUACAUGCCCAAGGACACCUCAGCAUCCAUCAGUCCACCAGGUGUGGUGUCAGCAGGUAGCUGUGUGAACCUGACCUGCCGCAGCAGAGCCAGGCCUCCUGUCAGCCGCUUCACCUGGUUCAAGACCAGCAAAGACGGACCCGUGAACGUGUCUGAAGGAGACGUUUACAGCUUUAAUGCCACAGAAGGGGGAGUUUAUUACUGCAUGGCCACAAAUGAUCUUGGGAGUCAGAAAUCAUCAGAGAUCCAUCUGACUAUAGAAGGGUGUGUACCAUGGAGGGCGGUUGUCGGAGGGAUCAUUGCGAUUGCUGCACUCGUCUGUGUGGUCGUCGCCAUUUGGCAGUUAAAGCUGAGACAUCAGACACAGAGUCCAACGGGCCAAGAUCCGGCUCCUCAAGAACCAGCCAGACCAGCAGAAGAAAACAUCCAUUAUGGGGAGAUCAACUUCUCCAGCCUGAGAGCUGGAGCACGCACCAACUUGGUGCAGGACAGACAGCAGCAGGACACAGUGUAUGCAGAGGUCAAAGUGCCCGGAACAGACACAUGGAUGUCUGACGGUGCAGAGGAUCUCUACGCUCAGGUGAAGGGAAAAGUGAGUUCGUGGACAUCUUUUAUUACUCAAGUUUUCUAUUAUUACAGGGAAAGAUUUCUGUGGUAGUAGAUCCCCCGCCAGAGUUUUUG